AUGGCUGAGCGCCAGCAUGAUUUUUCUGCACGUUUGGAGGAGUUUACUGGCUCCAACUGGGCAUCGUGGUUCGGCCGACUACAAUUUUUCUUCGAGGCCAACGAUGUGACUCACCCUGUCAAGCAACGAGCACACUUGCUUACACUGUGCGGUGCUCAAAUUUACGACAUGGUUUGUGCGCUGCUUCAACCGAAGACGCCCGACCAAGUGAGCUAUGCCGAGAUCGUGGCCGCACUUCAGGCACACUACGACCCUCGACCGUCCGAAGUCUGCAGUCGUGCGAUGUUCCAAAAGCGAGAUCAGCUUCCAGGUGAAUCGGUAAACGACUACGUGGCCGCUCUACGCAAGUUGGCUACGAGCUGCAAUUUCGGCACGCUGCCGACUGCAACAACAGCUACGGCGACGCCAGCUGAGGGAACGGCAUCAGCAAUGCAGCAGGGAGCUACGGGCUGCAAUCCAACGCUUCUGCCGUUAGAUGUGAUGUUGCACGAUCGCUUCGUGUGUGGUCUCCGGGACCAGAAUCUUCAACAGCGACUGUUUGCAGAGAAGGAUCUGACUUUUUGCAAGGCUUAUGAUUUUGCUAUUCGAGCGGAAAGCGCCGUCCAGCAGCAACAACAGAUAAAAGCGGAUCUUGCGGAAGUCAACAAGGCGGCUACGCGCGCCGGCGACAGCACUUUGACGUCCAAGACGCAUUCUCACCAAGCGCAACGCUGCUGGCGUUGCGACGGUUCGCACAGUCCCAAGACGUGUCAGCAACUGCAGGUUGUCGGAACGGCAACAGUAAUGGUUCGUCACAAGAACACAGCUUGCAAGCUACCACUUCUCGUUGUCGAGGGCACUGGAUGCAGCUUGUUGGGACGCAAUUGGUUUGACAAGCUGGGCAUCGAGCUUCACGGCAUUCACCAGACAACGGAGGAAGGCAGUUUGACCGAGUUGCUACAGAAGCAUGAAGACAUUUUUCGUGAAGACACCACAGGACACACGGGUGCGCCAGUGAAUCUGGAACUGAAGGAAGGGGCAAGCCCCAAGUUUUUGAAGGCACGGCCUGUGCCCUUUGCCAUGCGCGCAUCAACUGAGGCACAGAUUGACAAGUACGUAGAAGACGGUAUUUGGGAGCCAGUCCAACACUCAGACUGGGCUACACCGCUAGUAUGUGUGCGGAAAAAAGAUGGAAGCUUGCGCGCCUGCGGUGACUACCGCUGUACAGUGAAUGAAGCUGCGAAAAAGGCUUCAUACCCCCUGCCCACAACAGAGGAAGUGUUUAGCACUUUGAAAGGUGGCCGGGUGUUUAGCACCUUGGACUUGGCUCAAGCUUACACUCAACUUCAUGUGACUCCAGCGACAGCACAGAUUCUCACAGUAAACACUACAAAAGGGCUGUACAAGGUGCAGUGCUUGCUCAGCUGGACAGCCAAGGCAGAGAGGCACCGAUUGCGUUUGCAUCCCGAACAUUGGGCGCUGCUGAACGUUAACUAUGCACAACUUGACCGUGAAGGUCUUGCUGUAGUCUUUGCAGCCACACACUUCCACAAGUACAUUGUGGGUCGAGAAGUCACGUUCGUUACUGACCACCAGCCGUUACUGGGGAUUCUCGGACCACGGAAGCCGGUACCAGAAAUGCUUUUGCCCCCAAAUGAAAAGGUGGUGCCUUAA